AUGUUUAAAAGUAACAAGCCUAAUAAACCUGCAAGAAAGUCAGGCGGUGGAGCGGCUCUCAUGCAGCAGAUGGGUUUUCAAAUACCAAAUUUUGAUGAAUCAGGCAUGGGUAUGAAUGACGACGACGAUGAUGAUGAUUUGGAAGCUGAACUGCAAAGAUUACAGCAAGGAAUGGGUGGUGAUUCAAGAGGGAAAGCCAACCAACGAAAGCCAGGUGGGCCGACACAAGAUCUCAAAGCAUUUCAUAGUGAUGUACAUAAACUUCUUCAAGAUAUUGAUCGACCGAUAAAUGAUGAUGAACUUUCUGAUGUUGAUGAUGAUGAGCUUCUUGCUGAACUCAAUGAAAUUACCGAAGAUAUCGAACACGAUUCGCACGAACCACCAAAACAAGCCCAAGCCGCAUCUACUGGAAAUAUCCUGUCCUUACUCGAAGGACGCCAGGAUAUGUAUAAUAAGGCAAUAGCAUCUGCAAAGGCUAACGGUGAUGCAUCUAAAGCGAGACGUUUAGACCGACAAAUAAAAACUAUUCAAGAACUACUUCACUCGGCUCGGGCUGGUGCGCCUAUCAAUGAAAGUGAUAUCCCACCUGAAGUAUUCAUUGCUCCUUCGGCAGCAUCUGUUCCAGCGAAAGCACCUCCUACAAUCGAACAACCUCCACCGGUACCACAACCACGUGCCGUACCUACAGCGCCCCAACCUCAAGCACCAAUUGCACCUCAGCGACCUUCGCAACCACGCACUGUACCAUUGCCUCAACCGACUGCCGCAGUAGAUCAUUCAGUAGUCUAUCGAACACCAGUACCUCCGACUACAACAGAUUCAGAUCCAGCUGUCGCUCGAUUGAAAGCAUUAGCUUUACAAGCUAAACAACAAGGAGAUAUGGCUAAAGCAAAAGAAUAUAUUAUUCAACUAAGAACCUUACAAGGCAAAGCAAGCAUUGCUACUCCUUCGACAACUCAAAAAGAAACAUAUGAUAAUGUUCCCGAUGAUGAUGUUCCACCGCCACCUUUACCACUAAAAGCUCCAGAACCAAGUACAGUUAUGGAGGCGUUACAACAACGCCAUGAAGAAUUAACUAAACGUGGUGAAGAGGCAGCUACUAAAGGAGAUUCAUCGAAGGCAAGACGAAUGGAGCGAUUGUCUAAGCAAUAUGAAGAAGCUAUCGAUGCUACCCGCAAAGGUCGCCCAUACGAUUACGCUGAACUACCUGACCUACCAGGUUUUGCUCCUAUUCCUGUUCAGCAGGCAAAACCACAACCAUCUGGCUCAACUUCAUCAAAUCCAGCAGCAAGACCAUCACCAUCGAAUCCACAAGCACGCCCAUCGCAAGCACAACAGCAGCAACAACGUCAAACUAUUCAAGUAGCAGCAUCUACUAGCGCAACAAGCGCAAGGAAAAGCCAACAGGCCCAAGUAUUACGUCUUAAGCAAGCCAAGUUUCAUAAACUUGCCUUACAAGCAAAACAAAAAGGUGAUCUUGAAACAGCAAAAAAGUUCCUUAUCGCAUAUAAAGGACUCGAUCAAAUGAUUGCUGCUGCUGAGGCAGGCUUACCCAUUGAUAUGGGUCAAGUACCUAAAUUACCAGAUGAUGACAACAAUGACUUAGUGACUGAUGAUGAUUUAACACAAGAUUUAGCUAAUGCAGAUCGUGAUACUGUUUUUCGUCGCUUACAAGAUGACCUUCUUCGUCAAGUUCAACUCUGUGCACGUAACGAACAAAUCUACGCGCAAAUGGAAGAACCGAACAGCGCCAAGCACGCAAAGGAGUAUAAACAACUCGAACAACGCUGUGCACAUGAUCUUGAAAAGUUGAGAAAAUGUUUUCAACAUGGUUUAAAACCACCACUGUUCCAUUACGAACGACGACAAAUGAAUAUAAUUCAAACAAAUAAUGAUCUCGGAGAAAAUGAUCUCGAGGUGAUUGUUAUACGUGGUAUUAAUCUACCCGUUCCUUCGGGAAUUUCUUCGUCGUCACUGGAAACUUAUGUUGUUAUCGAAUUUCCUUAUCCCACAGAAACUCCUCAAGUAGCUCGGACUCGUCAUACUGCCGGUUCUACCAAUGCUGAAUACCCUGAAUCCGUGCAUAAAUUCUAUAUCAAACGUAACGAUGCUAAAUUCAAACGAUUGAUGAAUCGAAAAGAAUUGAAACUCGGCGUUUUCUAUAAACCUGGCUUUCUCCGAUCAGAUCGUCCGUUGGGCGUGGCAUCGGUCAAAUUAGCAGCGUUGGAACAAACAUGUACCAUGCAUGAAUCCGUUGAUUUAUUUGAAAGUGAACAUAAGAAAAAGAUUGAAGGCAAACUAGAAGUGAAAUUACGUAUUCGAGAAGCAUUGGGACAAACAAAAGCAUCGGAUAUCUUGCCACAACGAUGGCUAGUUAUCGAUAGUUUUGAAGAACUGCCACAAAGUCAUAAACCAUCAUCGACCUCGAGGUCGUCAUCAUCUGGCGCUGCUGCACCAGCAAUAACUGCUAUUGCUAGUCUGAUUCCUACAGGCGAAGCACUAGGCCAACUGGCUAUAAGUAUGGCAGAACCUAAAGAUAAAGAUGAAGGAGUAACGGAUAGCAGCCGUCAGCAACGACGAAGCCAUCAACCCCAACCAGCACCUGUGCCUGUUUCAACGACUCCACAAAGUAUUCAAGUACUUAAUUACGAAGCAUCACGUCUACAACAACAGAUUGAACAACUACAGGACCGUCUUACAACAGAACAACUUCACCAAUUACAACGCAAACUUCGUGAGAUCGAAGAUCAAAAUGAGCAAUUAGUAGAAUCCUUACGUACGGGAGGAAAACAGGUUCUAAAUGAACAUCUUCGUGGUCUUGAGGAGUUGAUUGAUUAUUACGAUCAAGAAGCACGUGAAUAUCAUCAGCGACAUGAUUCGAAAAAAGCGGAUGUUUGUUUGACUAAAAGGAGACUCGUCGAAAAAGAAAUUGGCACGUUAACAGGACAGCAACCAUCGACAACUACGUCAAGAUUUUAA